AUGGCGGAGAAAGGAGCGAUGAUAGCGGCGAUGGUGGCCAUGGCGAUCGCCAUCGUCUUCAUGGAACCGAGAGACUUCCAGUCGUACUCUCCCGUUGAGAUGGACUUGGCAAAUCUCAAGGGCCAUAUCCCUCGUUUCGAUGAGGAACGUCUAGCCCAGAUGCCUGACCCCCUCGCGCAGCUGAACACCAUCUCGAACAAGAGCGAGCAGCAUCACUUGAGCGAAGAGGCGAGGAGGAACCUGAGGAGAUCGCACGAGCUGCUGCGGAGGUUCUUCCCCAAGUUGUUCGAGCUCUCCGAAGUAGAGACUGUCAGUGACUACAGUCUUCUCCUUUCCCUCCCCUCCACGACUCAGAGCAGCGGCGCUCGCCCACGACCGGCGCUGGUCAUGUGCCACCUUGAUGUGGCUCCUGUGGAGGAGGAGACGGUGAGCUUGUGGGGCAAGAACCACAACUGCUCGACGUGCGGUCCGUUCUCCGGGGAAAUUUAUCAAGGACAAGUUUGGGGAAGGGGAGCUCUUGAUAUGAAGUCCUACUGCGUGACCAUGCUGCAUGCGGCAGAGAUGCUGCUGCAGCGGCCAGAGGGCUGGAGGAGGAGCCGGCAGCUGCUGUUUGCGAUCGGGCACGACGAGGAGGUAGGAGGGAUGCUAGGGCAAAAGAAGAUCGUGGAACACUUGAGGAGGAAGGGAGGGGAGUUUGGAGAGCUCGAGUUCGUACUGGAUGAGGGAAACCCAACCAUGAAGGCGAACCCGUCCUCGGUUAACAAGCGCUUCAACCUCGCCCUCAUCGGGACAGCUGAGAAGGGGAUCGCCUGUGUCCUGAUCGAGAGCAACGGGACCGGAGGCCACGCCUCCUACCCCCCCUCGGCCGGGACGUCGAUCGCGAGGGUCGCACGCGCAGUGACGAGGAUACAAGAGCACAGAGCUCGUGCGCGGCAUCCGCUACCUGUGAAGCAGAUGCUGUGGACUCUUUCUCCCCACAUGCCAUGGCCUGUAGGAUUCCUGCUGAAGAGGACCUCCUUCUUCCGAGGGACCGUCGCCCUGCUCUCGACCGUGGACGAGAAACUUGCCACGAUGUUCCGCACGACGACUGCUGUCACGCUGGCUCAAGGAGGGUUCUCCUCUACUGCCCUGCCGAAGACAGCCAGUGCCACGAUCAACCAUCGGCUGGUGACGGGAGACGAGGUGGAGGAGGUGUUGGAGCUCGACAGACGCCUGGCGGAUGAUCCGAAGCUGAAGGUGAGGGAGAGCAGAAUCUACAAGUACAACCCCUUCAUCUGGACGCCUGAAGAUCUUGCAACCAUCCACGGGGUGGACGAGAGAGUCGAUUCAUCGGCCCUCGUCCUGGCUUCUCAAUUCUUCGCCCAUGUGUUUCUUGCUGCAAGCCUGGAGCAGGAAACGGCGCAGUCGCUGCUCAAAGGCCUUGACAACGGUGUCAGAUGA